ACUGCAACAACUGUCAGUGUCAAAAACAAAGGCGUCAUGUGAACGGUUUUUUUUCUUUGUGUUUAUUUCUUUGUAUUGGAUGGAAUUUAAUUUACAAAUAGUUGUAAUAUUUGUUCGUUUGUGUAGACGAAAUCGUUUCAUAUUUUAUGUUUUAAAUUUAUAAUCCAAGAUGAGCGAGUCAUGUGUAGAGACCCACGAGGCGCCGGCUUGGUUAUCAAAAUUAGAAAGCCAGCGUGAGAAAUUAAGCAAAGCUCGUUUGGGACAUGAUAGCGGAGCCGGCGCACCAUGCAACUCAUGCGGUCCUUCUUGUCCUGGAUUAGAUUUACAUUUCUGGAGAAAGGUGUGUCGCUCCUGCCACUGCAGUAAAGAUGUACAUGAUGUUCAAGAUGAUGACUUGUCAGGUUGGGCUCAGUUUGAGCUACUAGGAACUGCUCGACCAAAAAAAGGCACUUUGCCAUUGAUAAAAAUUCGUGGAGUUACUGAUAAACCAGUGAAACUUGAUUGGGUCCCUCCGAAUGCAUCAACUGAGUUGGUAUCGGAGUACAUGUCAUGCCUGGGUUCGCUAGCACCAGUGUCUGGUUCGGAGGCGGCGCGUCGCAGGCGGGCUCAGCUCCGCACGCAGCUGCCGCCGCACGACGUUGCCCCCGCCGCGCGACAUCACGCCACAGAUCAAGAGAAGUCGGAACAUACGGAAUAUAUAACAAGAAUAAAGGACCAUGUUGUGGGUAUGGGUAACGUCGUCCGGGUCGGGCCACUUCAAAGUGGAGAAGUCUUUUCGAUAGAAAGCAGCAAGUCGCAUGCGGCCCCCAAAUCAUAUGCUCUUCCAUUGAAAAUAUCUAACUUGUCUAGAGGUGUGAAGUAUAAUAUAGUUCCGAAAAAUGCCUCUGAUAAGAAACUCGUACUAGACUCGCAGGGUAACGUAGUAAGCAGCGCUGCUAACCUUCCAGAUUAUAAAACUAGUCCAGUGCUGAGUCGUAUUGUUAAGGACAAACUUCAUGUAAUGAAGAUAGAAUCAGAUAGAAUUAAAAGUGCUGUGGAACAUGGCCCAGUAUAUGAUAAACUAUUCAAAAAUUUGAAUGACCUCGGUAUGCCUAUUAGUGGUGAUGUUUAUUUACAACCCAUAAAACUUUUUCGUGAUGAAUAUAAUAAAAAUCCUCAGUUCCGUGAGGAAACUAAUGAAUUUGCUAGUAAAGCACUUGGAGCUCAAAUUAUGCCAGAUUUUUGGUCCACUAACAAUAAUAUUGUGGGAAGUGCUAAACUUAUUGACAGCAGAAUACAGAAAGGAACAAUAUUUGCUCCAAACGGGGAGAUAUGGAGUUGGAAACACGAGCCUACUACACCUGAAACUAGUGGAACUAUCUGUUCUACAAAAAUAAACCCACAGUAUUCAACUGUAACAAAACCUAUAAACCAAGUUGAACCUCAACAGACAGCUCCAUUACGGGAAUAUCUGCGUACUCAUUCAGAGGAUGAUCUCCCACCUCCUCCUUUACCGAAUUAUAGCACAUAUCCAGGUGCCAUUCCAACACCAGCUACAGCUAAUGACUGGACGACAAAUUCAAACGAAGCCAUCCUAAACAAUGAAAGAAAUGAUAAUGAAGUAACAGAAAGCUCUAAUUAUGAGGAAUUAAGUCCAAUUAUAAAUCAGCUAACAGAUAUGACCCUGAGUCCUGCUGAAUUAGAAUUCAAUAGGAAAUUGUAUAAUGAGGGUGUGCCGUGUCAGCGUUGUAAGAAGUCGAUGUUUGCUGGUGAAGUGGCAGUCAAAGCGGAGAGGGCUGGACAAGAGGCUAUAUGGCAUCCACAGUGCUUCACAUGUAGCAAAUGCGGAGAACUGCUCGCCGAUCUCGUGUACUUCUUUUACAAAGGGGAAAUUUAUUGUGCCCGAGAUUUAGCUAACGUAUUAGACAUACCACGUUGCGCUGGUUGCGAUGAGUUGAUUUUCACGCGUCCAUAUACAGCAGCAGAGGGUAGAGCUUUUCACGUACAACAUUUUUGUUGUUACCAUUGUGAUGCUCCACUUGGGGGCUCGAAGUAUGUUCCUGACGAUAAGACUGGUUUACCUAUUUGUCUCUCUUGUUACGACCAGUUUCAUGCUGAACGUUGUCGAGCUUGUGGAGGUGUUAUUGGUCCCGAGCAACAGGGGGUGUCUUGGGGUAAUACUCAUUGGCAUGCUGAUUGCUUUAUAUGCUCCGGCCGAAUGUGCGGGAAAAGUUUGCUGAGUGGACGUUUUGUCGUGAAGCAAGAGAUGCCAUUCUGUAGUGUGCCUUGUAUUCAGAGUAGAAUUAAGUGAUUAGAAGGUAGCAAAGUUUUUGCAUCUUCCUAUAUUUAUUAUUCUAUGUUUAAGUAAAUUUUGAUAUUAUUUACUCCAAAUCAUAUUUUUAUAUAAAUUUUGACAAACAAUUAGAAUCUAAGCCAUGUUAAAUAUUACAUUUAAGUCGUUUAAUAACAAUAAAUCUGAUAUGGUAAAAAAGAUUGAUCAGUCUUAUAAAUUUUGAUGGAAAGAAUGUGACUGAUUUUAAGACUAAUCAGCAUUCCAAGCAAAUUUAUAUAUUUAUAGCAUUUUAUGUACAUAAGUGUCAUAUUGGGGGACCAUUCUAGUUUUUGUAGUUCUAGCGGGAAGUUUGGGGAUAUACAUGUAGUAGUACUAAAAUGUAUAUUUCUUGAGUUGGUAUUUUUUUUUGUGUAUUGUGAAAGUGUAUUUUAUAUUAAGUAUUAUUAAUUAUCACUAUAAUGUAAAUUUAACCAAAAAUGGACAUGUAUGCUACAUGUCCGUUUUUGGUCAUAUCUACCUAUGCUAAGUGAAAGAAAAGUAAAUCCCAAUGAGUAGAUUGACUGUAUGAUUUUUUUCUUCCACCUACCUUGCAUAUCAAUAAUUAUAACGACAAUACAGAAACUCUUUUUGUGUUUUUAUUGUGUAUGUGGUUAAGGUAAAGAAAAAAAUAUAGUGUUUUAUCAAAUGUUUUUCAAUAAUUUAUUGUUAUCAAUAUUUCUUGUCACAAUUUCUUGUAAAGGUGGAAUUUUUUGGUUUUAACAACCCAUAAGCUAAUCCAGUGUAUACAUAUAUUCUAGCAUGAGUCUGGAAAAUUCUAAAAUACUAUUCUUUUUUUGUGCUCUUGUCGACAGUGCCAUUAGGUCACAAAUUAUGUUAAAUAUUGAAAAUAUAUUUUGUAUGUUAAAAAUAUUUGGUAAUCAUUACUACCCGCACUUUACCCGAUUACUUGACUUUCUAGAUUACCUACUAAGCAUAGAUAAUAAUAUUGAUUUUUACAUUUAUGCCUCAAUGAUUAUGCUAACAUCAAUUUAAAAUACAAAUGCUAAUAAGUACAAAAGAGUAAUAUCCAAGGGCCGCGAGACGUUAAUUCUUUUCUGAGAGACAAAAUUUGUAUUGUACUAAACAUUUUUUAUAUGGGUACUUAAAUAGCCAGUUUAUAGGUAUCCAGGUAAAUAGCCAGGUGGUAAAAGUACAGCGCCGGUUCGAUCA